GCUCGCGAUUGGUGGGAGAUAUUGUUCAUUACAACUUCCCCGCCAAGCGGAGGUGUGUGAGCGAUACGGGACUUGUUUUGCAUAAAGGGGUCUUAUAUAUAUAUAUAUAUUUACCGUCUCUAGUUUAUACUAUCAAGAAGCUACUUUUUAGUUCUUAUUCUACUUAUCACGUACCUUAGGUAGUUAAUUGAACAAGUUCAUAGUCGCAAAAUGUCUACCACAGAGACGAUCACCAAGACAACUCCAUCCUUCUCCAUCGCUGAGAGAACCUCGGUUAAUGGGUCCAACGGAAAGGAAAGGAUUGAGAACCCUCCCCAAAUCCAAGUCACCGGUACGACGAAGAGCGGAAAGAAACUAAGCAUUAGGACUUACCCCAAGUUCGAGAACCUGGAAGACGAGCGGCUCUAUCGGAAACAGCACCUAGCGGCAGCAUUCCGGGUCUUCGCCGACCGUGGCUUCGACGAAGGCGUUGCGGGGCACAUAUCUGUCCGGGAUCCCAUUCUAACCGAUCACUUCUGGCUGAACCCGCUCUCGAUGCACUUCUCGCUGAUCAAGGUGUCCGAUCUGAUCCUUUGCGACGAAGAUGGCAACGUGGUCGAAGGCGACGAGCCCGUGAACGCAGCCGCUUUCGCAAUCCACUCGCAAAUUCAUAAGGCGCGGCCGGAUGUGCAUGCGGCGUGCCACGCGCAUAGCGUCCAUGGAAAGGCGUUUUCGGUCUUCGGCCGGGAGCUAGAGAUGAUUACUCAAGAUGCCUGUCGCUUCUACAAGAGCCACGGAGUAUACCGGGACUUCAGAGGCGUGGUUCUCGAUAGCGAAGAGGGAAGGAGAAUCGCCAAGGCCCUUGGAAACGGGAAGGCUGUUAUCCUCCAGAACCACGGUCUACUCACUGUUGGUGGUAGUGUCGACGAAGCGGCUUUCUGGUUCAUUAGUCUCGAGAGGACCUGCCAAGCUCAAUUACUCGCGGAUGCAGCUUCGGUUUCAGGACACAAGAAAAUUCUCAUUGACGACGAUGAAGCCUCUUAUACUUCUCUUCAGGUUGGAGGUCCUGAGAAGGGAUGGCUUGCUUUUCAGCCAUAUUAUGAUGAGCAACUCGCAAAAACGAAAGGCGAUUUUUUAAAUUAAUAGCCCAGCUCUUCUCAUUUUCUAUCUAUAUACCGGCCAACCGAAAUUGAUGACCAAGGGGGAAUAUCACAACGGCCUAUAUUUCCUAUUUACAAGUUGCCUAUUAGGAAAGUUUUCGCGGAAAG